AAUAAAUAAAUAAAUAAACAAAAUAGGAAAAGGGAAAACCCCCAUAAAAGAAUUGCUCUCACAAACUAUCACAGUUGCUUUACCUUCUCCCUCUAGAAGGAAGCUUUGUCGUCUUUUCCCCGCCGGAAUCUGCUGCAUUCGCCGGCCGCCACCGGCCAUGGAUUUUACUGUCUCCCCCGCCAUCAAGCUCUCCAUUAUAUUUUCUUUUCUACUUCUCUCCUCCCCAAUUUCCUCUGCAUCCCCGGAAUAUUCAAAGCCUCGUUUGUCGUCUCCUUCCGCUAAUUCCUCCGGCCAGAUUAACUCCAACUCCGUCCUCGUCGCUCUACUGGACUCGCAUUAUACCGAGCUUGCAGAGCUGAUUGAGAAAGCUUUGCUGUUGCAAAUUCUAGAAGAUGCUGUUGGAAACCACAAUCUCACCAUUUUCGCGCCGCGAAACGAAGCUUUGGAGCGCGAUCUCGACCCUGAGUUCAAGCGGUUUCUUCUCGAGCCAAGGAAUUUGAAGUCAUUACAGUCGCUAUUGACGUUUCACGUCAUUCCGACUCGUAUUGGAUCGACCGAGUGGCCAAAGCAUUCUGAGUCGACUCGCCACCAAACACUUUCCAAUCACGUCCUCCGAUUGACUCACCACCGCACCGGCGAACGAACCGUCGAUCUCGCCAAGGUCAUUCAACCAGACGCCAUUACACGUCCCGACGGCGUCAUCCACGGAAUCGAACGAUUGCUCAUUCCUCAGUCCGUACAAGACGAUUUCAACCGCCGACGGAAUCUCCAGGCUAUAACUGCAGUGAAACCGGAAGGAGCACCAGAGGUUGAUCCGAGGACUCACCGUCUAAAGAAGCCAGCUCCACCAGCCGAACCAGGCUCUCCACCGGCUCUUCCAAUAUACGACGCAUUAGCUCCAGGGCCAUCGUUGGCUCCGGCUCCCGCGCCGGGACCAGGUGGACCACACCACCACUUCAACGGUGAACGACAAGUGAAGGAUUUCAUUCACACUCUUUUACACUAUGGCGGUUACAACGAAAUGGCUGAUAUAUUAGUGAAUCUAACAUCCUUAGCCACGGAAAUGGGAAGGCUAGUUUCAGAAGGCUAUGUGUUAACCGUUUUGGCGCCGAACGACGAAGCCAUGGCGAAACUGACGACGGACCAACUGAGCGAGCCAGGGGCGCCGGAGCAAAUCAUGUACUACCAUUUGAUUCCAGAGUAUCAAACGGAGGAGAGUAUGUACAAUGCAGUUCGCCGAUUUGGAAAAAUCCGAUACGACACGUUGAGAUUGCCGCAUAAAGUGGUUGCGCAAGAGGCUGAUGGUUCGGUGAAGUUUGGGCAGGGAGAAGGGUCGGCGUACUUGUUCGACCCUGACAUUUACACCGACGGGCGUAUCUCAGUUCAGGGAAUCGAUGGAGUUCUGUUUCCGCCGGAGGAGGCGGAGGCGAAAGUGUCGGUGAAAACAGUUCAACACGUGAAGGUAGUGACCAAGCCAAGGAGAGGGAAAUUGCUUGAAGUGGCAUGUAGAAUGCUAGGAGCCUUUGGACAGGAUUCUCAUUUCACAACUUGCCAAUGAAACAGUUUUCGCCUACAUUUCUCAAACAGACAGAUGCAGAAAUGUUCUACAUGAAGAUGCAGCCCUUCUUUAAUGGAUGGACUUGGGAUGAUGCCCUUCAUCCCUCUUUUUUCUCCCCUAUUUUCUUUCAUUUUUUUUUAAUGUGAGUUUGUGAGUAAAAAAAAAAAAACAAAAAAAGAAAAAAAUACACUGUGAAUUUUCAAUCCUCAACCAUACUAUUUAGUACAUAAAUGUAAUUUUUUAAAUCCUGAUAAAAAAAGAAGAAGAAAGAAAUAGAUGUUAUGGUGAUGAGUAAGGUUGGUUGAAAUGGGAACAUAGAUGGGGGGUGGAGUGUGUUGUUCUGUAUUAUUCCCCUUCUUAAAAUAAUAAAUUCAAAGAAGUAAUUUGUGCAAUACACACAAUAAACUUUUUUUUAUUUUA